GUUCACUCUGCAGUCGGAGUUGCUGGGAGGCGAGAGUGAGCCGCACAGGGGCAGACCUCCCUUCUCUUCCUUCCUCCUGUGUCCUGUCAGCCCCUCUCUGGAGGCCAGGCAGUGGAGCACCCUGCCAGGAGGAGCUGGAGCCUCUCACUGGGACAGCUGGGACCGGCCAGCUGCCCCCAACUCUCCACUGCCUGCCUUCCCACUGCUCCUGCCUGGUGAUGGAAAACCCAAGCCUAGCUUCCACCCUGGGCAGGGCUCUCUGGACUCUCCUCCUGGCCACACUCAGCUCCACCACUGGCCAGCCUUUUGGGGGAGAGUCUGUCUGCACAGCCAGGCCCCUGGCCAAAUACAGCAUAACCUUCACGGGCAAGUGGAGCCAGACGGCCUUCCCCAAGCAGUAUCCGCUGUUCCGGCCCCCUGCGCAGUGGUCUUCGCUGCUGGGGGCUGCUCACAGCUCUGACUACAGCAUGUGGAGGAAGAACGAAUAUGUCAGCAAUGGGCUGCGGGACUUUGCAGAGCGCGGGGAGGCCUGGGCCCUGAUGAGGGAGAUUGAGGCUGCGGGGGAGAAGCUCCAGAGCGUGCACGGGGUGUUCUCGGCCCCCGCCGUCCCCAGCGGCACCGGGCAGACCUCCACGGAGCUGGAGGUGCACUCCAGGCACUCGCUGGUGUCCUUCGUGGUGCGCAUAGUCCCCAGCCCUGACUGGUUUGUGGGCAUCGACAGUCUGGACCUGUGCGAGGGAGGCCGCUGGAAGGAGCAGGUGGCCGUGGAUCUUUACCCACAUGAUGCUGGGACCGACAGCGGCUUCACCUUCUCCUCCCCCAACUUUGCGACCAUCCCACAGGACACCGUAACUGAGAUAACAUCCUCCUCGCCCAGUCACCCGGCAAACUCCUUCUAUUACCCGAAGCUGAAGUUCCUGCCUCCCAUCGCCAGGGUGACCCUGGUGCGGCUCCAGCAGGGCUCCAGGGCCUUCAUCCCUCCUGCCCCAGACCUGGCCAGCAGGGACAACGAGAUUGUUGACAGCCUCUCAGGUCCAGAGACGCCACUGGACUGCGAGGUCUCCCUGUGGUCGUCCUGGGGCCUGUGCGCAGGCCACUGCGGGAAGCUGGGAGCCAAGACCAGAACUCGCUAUGUCCGCGUGCAGCCUGCCAACAACGGGACCCCCUGCCCCGAGCUGGAAGAAGAGGCUGAGUGUGUCCCUGAUAACUGUGUCUGAGACCAGAGCCCUGCCGCCCCUGGGGCCCCCUUGAGCCUUGGGGUGCAGAGGACUGCACACAGGCUUGAGCGUGCAGCGGCUGAGGACUAAGGAAGUGCCCUCUGGCGGCAGGGAAGGGAGGUCUGGGAACAGGCUCCUUGCUCCGGCUCUCCUCUUAGGGCACCCUACCCUGCGCACUCAGACUCCUCACGAGGCUCUGCUCUAAACUUGGUCCCACUGUAAUUUAUUGCUGCUUGGGGAGGCUGCCUUUUGUGCAGACAGCACCUGCACCAGCGCCCAGGUAGUAUGACCUCCCUGGUGCAGGAGCUGGCACCCACACGGCUGUGAGAUACCUCAGACCCGGCACCAGCAUCCAAGCAGGGGCGCAGUGCGAGAAGCAAACACAGUGGGGGCAGUUUCGGGAACCUCACUUGGCAUUUUCAUGUUACUGAUCUCUUUGUGUUUGAAUAAAGACUAUCUGUUCCUGA